CCUCAGACGGUCGGACCGUCAGCGUGUUGUGAUACAGCAGCUCCACGUUGAAUGUAGGAAAGAUUCAAUAUUGAACCGAUGAAGCUUCUUUAACUUAUGUUGUAGUGAGAUGCUAACGGCUAAUUGAAGCUCUUUAGCUUUAAACUCAGUUUGUAUUGAGAUGCUAACAGCUAAUUGAAGCUCUUUAGCUUUAAACUCAGUUUGUAUUGAGAUGCUAACAGCUAAUUGAAGCUCUUUAGCUUUAAACUCAGUUUGUAUUGAGAUGCUAACGGCUAACUGCUAGGUGAAGAUGAAGAUCAAGCGGCAGAAACAGGCCAAGAAAAGCAUCAGCUUCUACAAAUACAACUUCAGCUUCAGGGAACCUUUCCAGAUCCUCCUCGACGGAACUUUCUGCCAGGCGGCGCUGAAGAACAAAAUUCAGAUUAAAGAACAGCUUCCUAAAUAUCUGAUGGGGGAAGUCCAGCUGUGCACCACCAGCUGUGCUCUGAAGGAACUGGAGGUUCUGGGGAAGCAGCUGUACGGAGCUAAAAUCAUCCUCCAGAGGUUCCAGGUCAGAAAGUGUCCUCAUGUGAAGGAUCCUGUUUCUGCCUCCGAGUGUUUUCUGUCCAUGUUGCAGGAAACAAACCCGCAGCAUUACUUCAUCGCCACGCAGGACCACACUCUGACCUCCGGCCUGAAGAAGAUCCCCGGCGUCCCGCUGCUCUACAUCGUCCUCAACACCAUAGUCCUGGACAAAGCCAGCCCCGCGUCGCUGCAACACGUGCAGGACGUCCAGCUGGGGGCGCUGGUGAGCGUGAGCCAGCAGCAGAGCAUCAGCAGCCUGAAGAAGCAGCAGGGCCUCGGCCGGACGGACGCAGAGAGAAGAGGGAGGAAGAGGAAGAGGAAACAGAGCAACCCCAACCCUCUGAGCUGCCUGAAGAAGAAGAAGAAGAAAGGAGGUCCGACGGCGCCGCUGAGGAAGACCGAGGAGGGAGAGAAGAAGAAACGCAGCCGACACAAGAGAAGAAGAACGGAGGCAGAAAACAAGAUGGCCGCCUCAACGUCCUAAUCUGAACUCAUCUCACGUUUUACUGCUGCAGGGAAUAAAUCAGCACAGAAACACUUUUACUGCUUUUAUUUAUAAAAACUCUGGAUUUACAGGCAGCAGACAGAAAUUAUUCAGAGACAAUAUUAUGAGGAAAUUCUUUUUUUUAAUACAAAAUCAGACGGAAGGUUUAACUAGAAGCUGAACUCAGUUUUUAUCUGGAUGUUUAACCCUCGUGUCGUCCUGCGGGUCAAAAUUGACCCAUUUUAAAGUUUGAAAAUGUGGAAAAAAAAAAUAUUUUCACAGUGAAACUUCAGAUGUCCACAUUUUCAACAUUUUCGGGAAAUCUUUGAACAUUUUUUUGGUAGAAAAAAGAAACGUUAAAAAUGUUUCUUAAGAACAUUCCCAAAAAAAUCAACCAAAAUCCUGCAAAUUUUGCUGGAUUUUAGUUGAUUUUUAUGUGAAUGUUCUUAAAGAAAAUCUUAGAAGUUUUACUGAUAUAUAUGGAAUCACUUUAGAUAUUUUUGGGAUUUUUGGGGAAGAUUUUUACUCAUUUUUUGAAAAUAUUUACAAGAAUCUUCUUGCCAAAUAUAUAUAUAUAUUUUUUUUCAAAUAAAACUUUUAAGGGAAACUUUUAAGGAAUUAUUGGAAUUUUCUUCCUGAAGGUUUUGCAAAUUUUCAGAAAUUUGUGGAUUUUUUUUGCUGAAUUUUUGGAUUUUUUUCAGACAAGGAAACAAUAUUUUUUGGUGCCUGUAAAUGAAGACAACAGGAGGUUUUUGUGAAUGUUCUUAAACAUUUUAAACUUUUUUUCCACCAAAAAAAUGUUCUAAGAUUUAGCAAAAAUGUUGAGAAUGUGGACAUCAGAAGUUUCAGUGUGAAUUUUUUAUUUUUUCCCCCACAUUUUCAAACUUUAAAACGGGUCAAUUUUGACCUGCAGGACGACAUGAGGAUUAAGUGAUGCAUUCAGUGUUUUCUACAGGAAAGAGUGGACUAAACUUGUAACUGAACUUUAUUUUCUCCAACAUGCUUCACCUGAUCCUCUAUUCAAACCAGUUUUUAAAUAAAAAACUCUGAUAUUCCAACACAAACACUGUUGGAGCUGAACAGUCGAACACUUAAUAAAUCUGAAUGAUUCUCUGGUUACAAAAAUGAAAAGACUUUUAAGACAGAACCAGGUGUUUUGUGCAUCUCAGUAGAAUAUUUCAGGCAGCAUGCAGACGUUCAUGUUUUCAUUCUGAAGCUGUUCAACAGAUUAAAUGCAGUUUGUUUCAGUUUGUGUUCAAAACUCACAAUAUUUCACUGUUUCACUAACAGCAGCUGCAACAAUAAAUGAUUUAUUAGAGUUUUUCACACUUUA